UAAAAAUGCAUCCUACAACAUAAUUGCUAUAAAAUGCGAGAGAUCGUGUAACAUUUCCAAAAGAGGAAUUAACAAAGCUGAUAUAUGUUAAUGAUGAGAUAUAUGAGACAUUUAUGAAAGCUUAGAAGAUUAUAGCAUAGGAGCCAAGUAUUCGUAAUCAUGCUGAUUAUCAUAAUUGGAGUAGGAAAGAAUAGAUCAUAAAAUCAUAUGAGAAAUUAAGAAUAAUGCAUUAACAUUUCAAUUUAGCUAAUGUUGUACAUUGGGCUCCUUUAUUAAGCAUAUUUUAAGGAACAACACCAACAGCAGUAUCAUUUGCAAUGACAGUACCAGCAUUGAGAUUUUUGGGGACAGAUGAACAAUUUAAUUUAUGGGGUCCUAAAUUCUUAACAAUGGAGAUAGUGGCAGCAUAUGCAUAAACAGAAAUUGGCCAUGGAAGUGAUGUAUAAAAUCUAGAAACAACAGCUACAUAUGAUUCAUAAAGUAAUGACUUUAUAUUACAUACUCCAUCUGUUUCAGCAGUUAAAUGUAAAUGAACAAAGAUAAUAAUUUAGUUUGGCCUGGAGAAUUAGGAUUUUUAUCAAAUUAUGCACUGGUUUAUGCAAAAUUGAUAUUUAAUGGUAAAAAUAAAGGAGUACAUCCAUUUAUGGUUUAAAUUAGAGACAAUACUACUCAUAAAACAUUAAAAGGAGUAACUAUAGGUGACAUAGGACCAAAGUUGGGUUAUUCAACUAAAGAUAAUGGAUUUUUGGCAUUUGAUAAUUAUCGUAUUCCAUUGAAUAGUAUGUUGGCUAGAUAUGUAAGAAUAGAAAAUGGGUAAUUUUCAAGACAUGGAAAUGAGAAGGUAAUAUAUAUAAUUAUAAUAGAUAUCAUAUGCAUCAAUGAUGGUUUCUAGAUAAUUGAUUAUAUUUAUUUAUCCAAGAAUGGCUGCCUAAAGUCUUACUGUAGCAAUUAGAUAUUCAAUAACAAGAUAAUAAUUUACAAAUGAUAAAGGCAUAGAGAAUUCAGUAAUUGAAUAUUAGACAUAAUAAGAUAAAUUAUUACCAAGAUUAGCAACUUGUUAUGGUAUGAUAUUUGCAGGAAUCAGAAUUAUGUAAUUAGUAGAUGACAAUUUCCAUAGAGUCUAAAGGAAAGACUUUAGUACUCUAUAAUAAUCACAUGCAAUCUUAAGGUAUAUGUGAAUAUUAUUUAAUAAAGUGCUAUAAAAGCCUUAUCUUCUUAAUGGGUAGUGGAUACAGCUGAAUGGUGUAGAUUAUCAUGUGGUGGACAUGGAUAUGCACAUUAUUCUGGUAUUCCUGCAGUCUACUUUGAUACUGCACCUAAUGUUACCUUAGAAGGAGAAAAUUAAGUUAUGUAUUUAUAAGUAGCCAGGUAUUUACUUAAAGUUUUAUCCUAUGCUGAUAAAACUCCAGAUAAAGUUCCAUUCUAUUUCUCUUUUGUUUUACAAAUCAAAGAAACACUAGCAAAUAAAGAUUUAAGUAUAAUCAUAUUAUAUUAUUAUUUAUAGCUAAUCUUACUACUUCAUUAGGUCAUUUAUUAAAGUUAACACUCACUCUUCAAUUAAUAUCAGUUGCUAAAUAAAUUAAAGAUCUCAUUAAUUCUGGUAAGACAUCCUAAUAAGUUUGGAAUUAACAUGUUGGUAUUCAUUUAUUAUCUCUUGCAUAAAGAUAUGCUGAAUACUUCAUUUAUCUGGUCUUUUAAGAAUAUAUUACAAAUGCUAAUUCAUCUAUCAAACAUAUCUUACAAUAACUUUGUGAUUUAUACUCCAUUCAAGUCAUCUUAGAUAAUCCUAAUACUCUCAUAGAGUCUGGAUCAAUUACAACUGAUUAAUAUAAAUCUCUUAAUGAAUUAAAAAUUGAAAUGCUUAAUAACAUUAAACCUUAAGCUAUAGGACUUGUUGAGGCUUUUGAUUUUAAUGACAAUGCUCUUAGAACUUGCAUUGGAUGUCAUGAUGGAAAACCAUAUGAAUAUAUUUAUGAUUGGGCAACCAAAGAUAAUUCAGUUAACAAGGUACCAAAGGCAGUUUAGGCAGUUAUUGAUUUAAUGGGUACUAAAAUUAAACCAAAAUUAUGA